GGAGAGCUAGAGCGCCAUUCUGCUCCCAUCCGCCAGAAGAAGCAGUCUUAGUCAGCAGAAGAGGGCAGACAUGAAGGGUUUUUUCGCCGUGGCCUUGGUCGCCGUGCUCUGCGCCGCUCCCCUUCGAGCUGAGCCUCUGCCGCGCCCUGGCUAUGGGGGAGUGCAGACUCUACCGGCUCCUUUGCCUGCCGACCUGAGGUCCUCGCAAACCAGGCCUUUCGAUCGCCCUGACGUUCCCUCCUUCCAGCGACCUCAGAUCCAGCCCCAACACCCGUCCUCAUUCAAACAGACCAAACCCCUGCCUCGCCCAGUGACCCUCCCAGCCAGGCUGCCACAGGACCUCAAGCAGACGAGACCCGUCGUCCGCCCUCAGGUUCAGCCCCAGCCAGUAGUGCUCCCUGCCGGUCUUAGCUCACCGGGGAGGCAAACGAAACCCUUGGCUCGACCUGUGACCCUUCCUGCAAGACUCCCAGAGGGCUUCAGGCAGACAAGACCAGUUGCUCGUCCCUCAUACCACCGACCCCAAGUCCUACCAGCUUAUCCUUCAGGAGGAAGACAGACCCUUCCCGCUAAACUUCCCGAGGACCUGCGCGGACCGAGCAAGCAGACAAGACCUGUAGUUCGACCGACAUCGUACAUCCCUCAGGGAGAAACUGAAAUCUGUCGAAACUGCGCCCAGCUGUCAUACGUCCGUCGCGGCGCGUGCUGCAAGCGCUGGAAUACCUGCUGUUGAGGUUCCUGCGGCCAAGGUCUGUGCACUUUACACAGACAGACCUUGAACAGAUCGAGUCAAAACACCACGCGCAGAUCGAGUCAAAACAUCACGGGCAGAUCGAGUCAAAACAAAACCCUUCCUUCGCGCUGUGUGAUUAGCUGUGAUCUCUUGACUCCGAUUUGAAUAUUCAGAUUGUAAUGCAAGUGAUCUUUAUUAUGAGAUUUGGAAAUAAAGAUGGUCAAAAUUCUUAGAAAAGACAAAAAAAAUGUACGUUUUUGAUAAUCCAUUAUUGGGAUGCUGAUAGGUCCCAGAUAAAAAAAAAAUAAAAAAAAUUAUGAUGAAAGCAGAAACUUGACAGAAUAAAAGUUUAUACAAUAUAAAAGGAU